AUGAAUCCUCUAAAAGAAGAAUACAGGCUUUCAUACGUUCCUCUUCAGGAUGAGCCCCAGAACGCGACGAAGACAAAAGCGCGACCCUUAUCGUCGGCCGAACAGGUGUUUCUCCAGUCUCAGGCACAGCCGUUCUGGGCAUCAAGCUGGACCCUGGAAAUCCUGAGUUGUCUCACAUCGAUGGUGUUUUUUGUUGCUAUUAUUGUGGUUCUCUGGUAUUAUGAUGGAAGACCAAUGCCUGACUGGCCCUAUGGCAUUACUCUCAACGCGCUAGUAUCCGUUCUAAGCACGGUCAUGAAAGCUUCUAUGGCAUUUAUCGUGGCUGAAUGCUUGGCGCAGCUCAAAUGGUCAUGGUUCCGGGGUGGGAACAAGUUGAGUGAUCUAGCACUUCUCGAUGCUGGAAGUCGUGGGGCCAUGGGGUCCCUUCUUGUGCUUUUCAGAACCAUGCCUCGGCAUCUUGUCACAUUUGGAUGUUUAGUCCUGGUCGUAUCCACUGCUACCGAUCCAUUUGUUCAGCAAGUCAUGGCUGUCAAAGAGCGACCUGUUCAUGCACCCGGUCACUCAUCUGUUCAGGUCUGCAACACCAGUACAUAUACGGACUAUGAUGAAGGUGCAGGUCCCGGUAUGAACGAAGUCCCUCUCGCAACAUUCGGAGCUAUCUAUUCUGGCAUCUUUCAAACUUCGAGUCCGAACAGCAAAAGUAUCAUGAUGGACUGUCCGACCGGAAACUGUACCUUUGCACCAUACCAGUCCCUAGGGUUCUGUAGCCGCUGUGCCAACAUUACAGACUCCCUUACGCUCUCGAAGUCCGGAAUCAUCCCCAGUGAACCUACUUACAAGUACAAACUACCCAACGGAUUCACGUUCUCAACUUCAAUGUACGGAAUGUAUUUGAUGAACUCGACAUCCUCACGGAGCCUUAUCAAGUUGGAUACGAAGGACAAAGCUUCGAUUCUGAACUUUACUGCAAUCAGCGCGUCGGGCUACGGAGUCCCACCUCAGGUGAGCGCAACCGAAUGUGCGCUUUUCUUCUGUGUCGACACAUACCACGCAACUGUGCAGGGAGGCACAUUCUCAGAAAACCGAACUUCAUUCUCCACCACAGCGAAUACUUCUUCGGUCGUUGAAAACUUCUCCUUAACGCCAGACACAUGUUAUGACAAUGGAACCCGACUCGAGAAGCCAUACAACAGCACUGCCGACUGCUCAUACAACGUUAAUUGGCUCAGUCGCUUAGCCAUGUCGAACUCGGUCUCCCCACUUCUCCACGGCUACGGCUCGCUUUUUGUGAGCAAUAGACCAAGCUGGUCUUCCAACGUUAUUGAAGCCCUGUAUGGUGUGGAAGGAAACUAUACGGACAUCAAUUCUGUCUUCCAAUCCCUAGCUUCUACACUUACCAUCAACGCAAGGUCCAAGGUUUGUGAAGAAAAAGUCAACGGAAUCCCGUGGACGAUUCAGUCUUUCGUCCGUGUGAGUUGGAAAUGGAUGAUUCUGCCCGGGGCCUUGGUUGUUCUGAGCAUGGUCUUCAUGGUCAUUACGAUCAUGCAUACCAGGAACCAAUAUAUUUGGAAAUCGUCGCCUUUGGCUCUUCUCUUCUCGGAGUUGUUGAUUGAUGAGCCGUUCCCACUGCGAUCGGAUCCGACUCUAAAGGGGAUGGAAAAAUCCUCGAGGAAUAUGGAAGUCUGGCUGGAGACAACUCCGCAGGGAGUGAGAUUGAAAGCUAUUCCAACCUCAUAA